AUGCGGCGGAACAGCUCCAAGAUUGGCGUGGUGGUGGCCCCAGUGGCUGGGACGCACGACGCCUGUCAGAUGAUCAGUCGAGCCCAGUUGGGUCAGGAUGCGCCCCAGAGGACUGUGCUGGGGGUGCUGACGGAGAACGUGCAGUUCCGAAGGGCUUGCUGUCAGGGCCUCCCGUUAAUCAGAUACUUCUCUGGAGCAGAAAAUGCCUUUCCUGUAGCGGGAACAAAGAUGUGCUCCGACUCUGCUCUCCACGUGCCGCCAAAGCAGGGCUUUGAUGUUCACAUGGCUGAGCCUCAGCUGGGAGAUGGCGGCAGCUGCUCUGGACGAGAGGAGGUAACCUUCGAGGAGGUGUAUCAGGUGGAUGCCAGUGUGCACAAGUCAGGCCUUCACUUCCUGCUGGACUUCGGCACAGCUUCCCCUAUGCUGGUGGACACCUCCCUCUGCUCCCAGGCUGAAGAGGUGCCUGACUUGAGCACAGAUAUGCUGAAUGUGGCCGAGUAUGCGGAGGACAUCCAUAGAUACCUCAGAGAGGCCGAAGUCCGGCUCCGGCCCAAAGCGCACUACAUGAAAAAGCAGCCGGACAUCACUGAGGGCAUGCGGGCCAUCCUGGUGGACUGGCUGGUAGAGGUGGCUGAGGAGUACAAGCUCCGGGAGGAGACGCUGUACCUGGCUGUCAAUUUCUUAGACCGCUUCCUCUCCUGCAUGUCAGUCCUGCGGGGCAAGCUACAGCUGGUGGGCACAGCGGCCAUCCUGCUGGCCUCGAAAUAUGAGGAGAUCUACCCACCUGAAGUGGAUGAAUUUGUCUACAUCACAGAUGAUGCCUACACCAAGCGACAGCUACUGAGGAUGGAGCACCUGCUUCUGAAGGUGCUAUCCUUCGACUUGACAGUGCCCACUACCCACCAGUUCCUCCUUCAGUACCUGAGGACACAGGGGAUGUGUCACCGCACAGAGAACCUGGCCAAGUACGUGGCCGAGCUGAGCCUCCUUGAAGCUGAUCCCUUCUUGAAGUACCUCCCUUCGCUGAUUGCUGCUGCUGCUUUCUGUUUGGCAAAUUAUACCAUCAACAAGCGCUUCUGGCCGGAAGGUCUUGCUGCAUUCACAGGCUACUCGCUGAGUGAGAUUGGGCCCUGCCUCAGUGACCUCCACAGAGCCUGCCUGGACAUGGCCCAGCGACCACAGCAGGCCAUCAGGGAGAAAUACAAGACUUCCAAGUACAUGUGUGUGUCUCUCAUGGAAACGCCCGCAGUUCUGCCCCUCCAGUGA